AUGGAAACAUUAUUGAUUUUGGCUGUAGUAAUUCUGGGUGUGUUUUCGCGUAAGUAUGAUUAACUCUUCAUUAACAACUUAAUCGCUUAACUAUGUAGUCCAAGAUAAAAUACACAGUCUUUGGCAGUAAAUGGGACUAAAGGUUGUUGGGUGCACCCUGGGGUAAAACAAGGGUGGCAGCAACACACCCCAUAAAUUGCAUGCAAUAAGGGUGGCAGCGACACACCCAAAACUGAGUAGAGCAGUAAGGGUGGCAGCGACACACCCUAGUAAUAAUGGAAUGAGGGUGGCAGCGACACACCCUAGCAAUGAGCAGUGCAGUGAGGGUGGCAGCGACACACCCUGCACGGUAACGGACGAGGCAAUGAGUGGAGCGCAUCCCCACCCAGGAGUGAAUAAACUAAGGUGGGGUGGGGGUCCCACCUGGCCUGCUACGCGGAGGUAAAAGUAGCAGGUGUGCACCCAAACCAGUAGUCCAGCUUUAUUGAAUUGAGGGUGGACCUAACAGCCUACAAGACGAGACUGAUUAUCUUAACAACGUUUUUAGUUAGAACAAUUACAACACGGACUUUGUUAGACGGAACACUCACAGUAACACUGAUUCCAACUCUAAGACCAACUCUGGUCCUGUUACGACAGCGACUAUACCGUACAUCAGAGGCACCUCUGAAACUAUUGCACGUAUAUUACAACCUUACAAUAUACGUGUUGCACACAAACCGAUAACCACUUUACGGCGACUGCUUACUAAUGUCAAGGACAAAGACAAACCGGAGGACAGACAGGGAGCAGUAUACAAGAUCAAAUGCUGCGACUGCCAGGCUUCUUACAUUGGUGAAACCGGCAGAAACCUAAGCACGCGACUGACCGAACACAAACGCGCGACGAGAAAUGGUGACGUUAACAAUCACAUUGCUGAGCACCAUUUAAAGACGAAACAUCAAAUUGACUGGGACUCUGCGACAUGUAUAACGUAUUCUACAGACUACUAUCAACGUCUUACUUUAGAAAGCUGGUUUACUAACUUAGAACAAACGCCACUGAAUCGUAGCCAACAGUUACCAGCGCUUUACAAACGACUUAUUGACGAGAUCAAGCAAAACUAACUAUGAGAGAACAACUGGAGAACUGACAAUUUGACUAACAAUAGACGACUGUUUAACUGUGACAAUAGACGGAUCGAAACGCACCAAUCACUGAUUACGAGUCUUCAUAGCCAAUAACAUCACGGCUUAAAUGACAGACGACCAAUAACAUCGCAACAUAAUUGACCAAUCAGAUCAAUAACCAGAGUAUAAUACCAUCAACUGACGUGAUACAACUCACUUUGACUCUGAAGAUGACUACCGCACAGGUUGUCGAAACGUCAGUCACUGUCAACAACAACAGUCCUAUUCAGGACUACGUUCACCCGGACGAUCAAACUCAACCUUUUGAAAUGACUCCUGGGUUCAAACCUAUCACAAUCAAUACUAUGUUAUGCCUGUAUCCAUCAAUGCUAGCUGAGUGCUCCUUUGUUUUGUUCACUUUGCGUGCACGCGUUGUAUUUUUCAAUAGUAGUUUACUACGCAUUAGUUUCUUAUUUUUCCCUGCCACACGGUGAGUCGCAAACUAGUUGCGCUCGUCUCAGCAGAGUCCGGAUAGUAGUAGCCUUGUGAGAGGUCGGGUUGUACGAAGACUGGUCUGGUAAUCGGGCGGUAUAUGUCGGUUUUCUGUAAAUAGUCGUUUUUAGUUUGUUGUUGUCGCGAGUGACCAAGCAGUCUAGAAAAGGUAUCUUACCAUUUUCUUCGAUCUCCUUGGUGAACUGUAUAUCCGCGUUCUGUCUGUUAAGGUGUUCGUGAAAAUCGUCGAUUCCGUCUUUGUGUACGGCGGUGAAUGUGUCGUCAACGUAACGUAACCAAAGAGGUACAGUUCGCGUGUAGGUAGCUAGGGCUUGUUCCUCGAUGUUUUGCAUGACAAUUUCUGCUACAACAACAGAAACUGGAGUGCCCAUAGCUGUACCGUGUAACUGUUUGUAGUGUUUGACGUUGUACUGAAAGUACGUCGAAGUCAAACAGAGGUUCAGUAGGUCCAUAAUGUCGUUUGUAGGUAGUGGUAGUUCAACAGUAGAGUUCUUAAUAGCGUUCUCGGUACAGUCUAGAGCCAGUUGAAGUGGAAUACUGGUGAACAGCGAUUUCACGUCAAAGGACACUAGUUUGUGGUCGUCCGGUAUCUGUAUUGUCUUAAUGGCGUCAAUGAUUACAGCUACUAACAAUGCAAACUUGUUAUCACAGAAGUUUAUAGAAACAACUGAGGGUCAGUUAUUGAUGUAAUUUAAGAUAAACAAGGAGCUCUACUUGAACCAGACCUGAGUCACGCAAUGUUCUUUUAUGUGCGAUAGCAACAUAUUUGCCACCCAGGGUAAAGUAAAUCAUAAUAAAACAACGGCUGACGUAAGCUCUAAUUAGUUAACUCUAUUUUACGAGUAAAAUGUCCAUUUUAUUUUAGAGAACAAUGUAGA